CUGUAAAAUUAAUAAUUUGUUGUAUUGUAAGGCUGCUUUAUGUAAAUAAUAUUUUUUUAAUAUUUCUGUUCAAUAUGGGAGAGUUUUCUAAUUUUAUAACAACUGAGGAGAACCUAUUUAAUUCCUGUCAGUUUUCUGAUGAUUUACAAAAUUUACAUUUAACAAAUUCACAAAGUUAUGGAAUUGGUACUCACCAAUCACAACAGCAAUUGAUACCAAAUAUGCCUUAUCUUCAUAAUGAGAUUCAAAAUUCUAAUUUUACAGAUGAUAAUAUUAUUGGCAAUAAUAGUUUGCCAACAACAAUACCUUUUGUUAGAAUUCAUGCAUUUGAAUCUCGUAACAAUAAUUUAAAUAUAUCAAAUAAUUUGAAUCGAAAUCAGAAUGACAUAAAAGCGGAACCAAUUAAAUCAGAAUUAAAUGAUGCCCAGUGUACUGGUCAAGUAACCCAGCCAACCCAAACUCCUCCGUCUUCCGGAUCAGGAACAACUACUCCAGCUUUUGCAACAGAAAUAACAAAUGCUCUAACAACUAUAUCUUCAGCAACAGUAGAAGCUGAAAUACCGUUUCCACAACCAAUAAUUAAACCAAGUCAAACAGUGUUACUCAAAUGCCCAAAAUGUUUAUUUUUGUGCAUUUCUCAAACUAAUUUAGAUAUUCAUAUUUCGUCAGCUCAUGAUGAAAAUAUAAUUGAAAAUUUUCCAAAUAAAAUUUCAUGUCCCGGCUGUGAUAACGUGUUUGUAUCGAAAAAAUCUUUGAAAUACCAUUUAGAAUAUGAUCAUUUAAUGUUAUCAGAUGAUUUAGAAAAAAUUCUUGAAAGCAUUCCAAACGAAGAACCACCUUCAGAAUCUUGUAAGAAAAAAAGUACAAUUUAUUUAAAGAAUGUAGAGUGCUUAAGAGAAAAAUCAUUUAAUCAAAACACAGAGGUUGAAAAUGCGAUACCAUCAAUUGGGAAUUCAUUGCCAAAAAUUAAUAGCAAUAAUUUAAAUGAAAGACUGAAUAGUGAAUAUGACUUUAUAGAUCUUAUUAAUGAUGACAACCAAACUCCACCUAUUUCAGUAUCAUCUCCUGUAGAAAUACCAAUUAAUCAACCAAAGCAGAAAAUUACUAUAAAAAGCGUCGAAACUUUACGUGAACCUAUUUAUCAACAUGCUUUUUACACGUCCAACAAUACACAUAAUCCAGAUCAUUAUUCGGUUCAAAACACUCAAGUUUAUUAUAAUAUGGACACCGGUUUCCCAACACCGUCAAUUCAACCGAAUAAUUCAAAUUCAACAAAUGAAUUCUAUAAUUUUGAAACAUUCCCUAAGGAUCAAGUAAAUAAAAUUUCUCCAGUUGAAAAACCAAAAAAGCAACCAAAAAUUUAUAUAAAAAAUGUGGACAUUCUCAAAGAACCAAUACAUCUGCCUUCAACUCAUAUAUCAAACAUAUUGCAUGUUAAUGAAACCUUACCUUUUAAUAAUUUAUUUACACCACCACCAGCGCCAAGUGUUUCUGCACAUCAAAGGAUUCCAAUGAAUUCAAUUUCAAUCCAAUCUCAUUUGAAUGUGACUAAUAACAAUUGUUCUUCGACUUCCAAAAAUCAACAUUUUCCGCUAACUAAUAACACACAAUUGCCAGUGCAAUUUUCAAACACAAACGCUUUCCCUUAUCCAAACACAGAAUCACCGGGAAACCAUCAACAAAAGAGCAAAAUUUAUAUAAAAAACGUUGAUAUACUAAAACAACCUCAAUUCCAAGACAAUACAAGUAAAAAGUCAACGAAUUUUUUGCACUUAAGAACGGUUGAUGAACUAAAUCUGUUAGAUAAAACAGAAUUAAAUAUUAUGAAUAAUUUAAGUCAAAAUUCUAAUAGUAAAGAUCUCUCUGAAAAUAUUUUAAAUCCUUCAGCCGAAAAUUCUAAAAACUCUGAUUUAGAAAAUAGUAGUAAUACUUACGAUGCUAUGAAUUCAAGUUAUAAUGGGACCUUAAAUAAUUUUUCAUGCAACAAUAAUCUACAAGUACCCUCAAUACCCCCUGCUCCGAAUUGGGAAAACCAAGACUACAAUAACGGUGGAUUUGAUUCCUUAGAUAACUUUAUUGAUGGGCACUCGAAUACAACUUUAGAGAGAAGAAAUAUUCAAUCGCAACAGUAUUAUGAUUUAAACACCCCACAAAGAUGUGACUUGUCAUUCGAUGAAGAAAUUAUAGAUACUCCCAAUGCAGAAGACGAUAUAAUUGGUGAUGAAAAUGACAAUGACUUAUUUGUGUGCUCGCAAGAGUUAAUUCCAUGCCGAGAUGUAAGCAAUAGUUCCUUUAACCCAGAACAAAUAAGUAUAGAUUUAGAUUCAAAUUUAAUGGUGGAUACAGAAAUUAAUGAAAGUGACGAUAAUGAUAUUAUAAAUCAAUCACAUAAAAGUAUUGAUCAAAUUAUCGACAACGAAGUCGAAAAAUCCAAUUUACUUACUAAAGAAAGUUUGACUAGUAGAUCCCAGAAAUUGAAUUUAGUAGAAUUUGAAAAAAAAGUAGAUAAAGGUUGCUCUGAAAAUAUAGUCGUUAAACCAAAUGAAAAAGGUAGAAUUUAUGUUUCCGGAAAUUUAAUGAAAGAUGGUACGACGGAAUCAAAUUUCAACGAUAAUCAUGAAAAUUCUCAAAAGAGACACAAAGGAAGACCAUUUGGUGCAAAAACACAAAAAAGAAAAAAAGGACUUGAUUCAACUGAAAAUUCAAUUGCUGAAUUUAGAUGUGACCGUACUGAUUGUGGAUUUAGGUUUAAAGAACUCAAAACUUUAGAAUAUCACAAAUUAUGUCACACUAACGAUAAGCCUCAAUUAAUGCAGUGUCCAAAUUGUAAGUCAACAGAAUUUACAUCAUGGAAUACACUUCAUACACAUUUAUGGCGUUCACAUUUAAUUGAUAUGGAUUUAUAUAGUUGCGAUAAAUGUAAUUUCAAAACUCCAAUUUUAUCAAGACUUCUAAACACUCAUAGUAAAAUUCAUUCAAAUGAAAGAAAUUUUAAAUGUGAAAUAUGUGAAAAGGCAUUUAAAAAUUCAAGACAAUUAAAAAAUCAUCGAAGAAUUCAUAGAAAAUUUUCAAAAAAUGAAAUUGAAUUAGUUAAAUGUGAAGAAUGUAAAGCAAUGUUUUCAAAUAAGAAAAGCUUAAAGCAACAUGUAUGUCCAAAUAAUAAAAUAAUAGUAGAAAAAGCAAAAUGUACAAUUUGUGGAAAAGUAUGCUCAUCAAAAUCAUAUUUAAAAAUUCAUAUGGCAAUUCAUGAUACACUUCCAAAAUAUGUAUGUGAUUGCGGUGAAUUUUCAACAAAUAAUCCAAGCAGUUUUAAAAAACAUAAAGCUAGACAUUCUGAUGACAAUAAUAAAAAUUAUCAGUGCCAAUAUUGUGAUUAUCAAUCAAUUCAAGCUUCAUUAUAUAAGAAACAUUUAUCUGAAAAGCAUCCUGAAUAUGCACCAAAUAUAAUACAUCAAUGUACAUUUUGUAAAUUUUCAACAAUUCGUAAAUUACAAUACUAUGUACAUUUAGCUAAAAUUCAUAAUGUUGAUGUAUCAAAUAUUGAGAAAAAAAUUGAAAAUGAAAAAGUAUUAGAAGGAAAAAAUUUAAAUUCACAAAAUAUUAGCAUUUCUUCUGAUGAUAAAUUAGAAAAUAAUAAUAUUAAUAAUAAUAAA